CUGCGCCUCUCACACGCGGAGUAGGUAGCAAGACAGGAAACAUGCCGACCCACCUUCACAAGAACCGCAAGAAGCGCGGUCACGUGUCCGCGGGACACGGUCGCAUCGGCAAGCACCGCAAGCACCCCUCCGGUCGCGGUAACGCCGGUGGCCAGCACCACCACAGGAUCAUGAUGGACAAGUACCACCCUGGUUUUUUCGGAAAGGUUGGUAUGCGCCACUUCCACAAGCUGAAGAACCACUACCACUGCCCCAUCAUCAACCUCGACAAGCUCUGGACGCUCGUGGGUGAGGAGAAGCGCGUGGAGUGCGCCAAGGACAAGAGCAAGGCGCCCGUGAUCGACCUCACCGACCACGGCAUCUUCAAGCUCCUCGGCAAGGGUCAGCUCCCCGAGCAGCCCGUGGUGGUGAAGUGCCGCUACAUUAGCAAGCUCGCGGAGAAGAAGAUCAAGGAGGUCGGCGGUGCCGCCAUCCUCACCGCCUAAGCGGUUCGGGAGAUUCUUACUCGUGGGUGUUCUUGUGGCGUUACGGGUUUAGUUUACGUGUGUGUAUUGAGCUGAACCUAACUCGAAA